AUGAGCUCACCUCGAGUCCCAUUCGAUGCGCUUUUCGCGGGCCAUCUUCGAGUAGGCCUUGCAGUAGCGCACGGAGAUCCACGGGCUGACGACGUGAUGCAGGAGGCUGAAGACGAGCACGCUCAAGAGGGUGCACGCGAAGUAGCUGUAGCCGUGGUGCUCGGGCGGCGUCCACACCAACGACUUGGCCGCAAUCGCCUCCGGCCCCUCGAGCGGGGCGCCGUCGCCUUGAAUGUCCAUCGCGACGCCGAGCGACGCGAGUUAGCGGCGGCCACAGAAGGCCGGUCGGCCGAGUAA